AUGCCCCAGAGAGGCCACCCAUCUCAAGAGGGGCUCCUCUGGGCCGUGCCCUCCCUACCCAUGGCGCAUGGGCCAGAGCCUGACAUCGACAGUCUGCUGGACCUCAGCUUCCUGACAGAGGAGGAGCAGGAGGCCAUUGCCGAAGUCCUGAAGCGAGAUGCCCACCUGUGCCAGCUGGAGGAGGGGCGGAUCAGCAAGCUUCGGGCCUCACUGGCAGAUCCUGGGCAGCUGAAGACCCUGACAGGUGACUGGUUCCAGGAAGCACGGUCCCAACGGCACCACCAUGCCCACUUCGGCUCUGACCUUGUCCGAGCCUCUAUCCGCUGGAAGAAGAGCUCCAGGGGUGAGCAGGCUCUGGGCAGUGAUGGCAAAGCUGAGGUUUCUGGAAAAGAGAAAGAAGAGGAGCUGGAGCCCAGGCUCCCCAUAGACGAGGUCCCUCAAGAGAGGCUGAGCGAGGCUGAGGGACCUGAUUUCCCCCCACCAUCUGCCCCCCUAAAGGCUUCUGAUUAUGAGGAGGAGCCUAAGGCCCAGGAAGCCCCCAGCUCAGGGGGCGUGCAGGUCUACGCAGAAGAGGCGGACCCGGAGCAGUCUUCGCCGGGAGAGAAGGAGCCGCGGCUGCCGCCAGCCCAGGCGGAGGCAGCGUCCGAGACCCUGGAGAACGGGGAGGAGGCCCUGGGGCCCGACCCCUCACUCGACCGCAUGCUCAGCAGCAGCUCCUCGGUGUCCAGCCUCAACUCCUCCACGCUGAGCGGCAGCCAGCUGAGCCUGUCCCGGGAGGCAGAGGCGGGAGCGGUGCAGGUGCGUGGCUCCGUGCACUUUGCGCUGCGCUAUGAGCCGGGAACCUCGGAGCUGCGCGUGCACGUGAUCCAGUGUCAGGGCCUGGCCACGGCCCGGCGCCGCCGCUCCGACCCCUACGUCAAAAGCUAUCUCCUCCCGGAUAAGCAAAGCAAGCGCAAGACGGCGGUGAAGAAACGGAAUCUGAAUCCAGUCUUCAAUGAGACUCUCCGGUACUCCGUCCCGCAAGCCGAGCUCCGGGGCCGCGUACUGAGUCUGUCCGUGUGGCACCACGAAAGCCUAGGUCGCAACAUCUUUCUGGGCGAAGUCGAAGUGCCCCUGGACACGUGGGACUGGGACUCUGAGCCCACCUGGCUCCCCCUGCAGCCCCGGGUUCCGCCCUCCCCCGACGAGCUUCCCAGCCGUGGGCUGCUCUCUCUGUCCCUCAAGUAUGUCCCCGCGGGCUCCGAGGGCGCAGGACUGCCCCCGAGCGGGGAGCUACACUUUUGGGUGAAGAAUGCUCAGGACCUCGUGCCACUGCGCUCAGGAUCCCUGGAUACUUACGUACAAUGCUCCGUGCUGCCAGAUGACAGCUGGGCCAGCCGCCAGCGGACAAGGGUGGUGCGCCGCAGCCUUAGCCCGGUGUUCAACCACACCAUGGUUUAUGAUGGCUUCGGGCCCUCAGACCUGCGCCAGGCCUGUGCUGAGCUCUCCCUGUGGGACCAUGGGGCCCUGGCCAGCCGCCAACUGGGAGGCACACGCCUCAGCCUAGGCACUGGCAGCAGCUACGGACUCCAGGUGCCCUGGAUGGAUUCCACACCUGAGGAGAAGCGGCUAUGGCAGAUACUUCUGGAGCGGCCAUGUGAGUGGGUAGAUGGCCUUCUGCCCCUCAGGACGAACCUGGCUCCCAGGACGUAGCUGCUCCAGAAGUCCCACCAUACCCCUCUCUCUGUACCCCCAUCUCAGGUUCUACCCUUGGCUAGAGUCAAUAAAGUCUGUUCUACGGGCAACAAGGGGCUGAUGUCUGCUGGAGGAGAGGGUGACAGCAGGAGACAGGGAAGUGAAGGGGGCUUGGGACAGAUGAAGGAACUUCAGACUCAGACACAAACA